AUUUAGCUUUUUGAAAUGUAUUUUAUUGACUGUGAUUCCAACCAGUGUGAAAUUAUCCAAAACUAUUUAUUGAAAAAUAAUACUAUAUAAUCUUUGUACAUAUAUCAAUACAAGCGACAUAUAGUGACAGGCUGAACAAUGAAAUGCUAUUAUAUUAAAUAAGUGCUUGAUUCAUUAUAUUAAUACAAUUAAAAUUAAAAGUGUUAUUUUAUUAUUAAAAUAACAUAUUUUACAUACACUUGUGUUUUUUUGUUUUGUUUUUUUUACUUCCUCUAUAAACUUCCCAUCUGUCUCUUUUAAAAGAAAAAAAUAAAUGUGGCCCUUGAGUUUGAGUGCAAUAGUUUUCCCAGUCCUUGAUUAGUUUUUGAAAAAAACCCAAAAUAAAAAGCAGCCUCACUUGUGGGCAUCUCUGAGGUUGUGAAAAAGUUGAAUGGACAAAUUGAGAAGGUUAUUGAUUAUUAUUAUUAUUAUUUUCUAAGCUCCAGCGUAAAGCCCCCAGGUCCACUUGGAUUGCUGCCCAUUGAGAGGGGCUUUGAAUUGGACACAUUUACUGAGCUUGAAUCGCUCAAAGUCUGUUUCUUUUUUUUCAAAUAAAUUAUUAUUUUUUUAUUAUUAUUUUGCAAUAACGUUGCGCUCAGAGUGGAGGAAUGGGCUGUUCAAAGUCGAUUUAGCCGCCCACACUCUGCCUGCAGCUUUUUGAAAUGCAGAUACGUAAACUGGAUACGCGAUGUUGGUAUCACUUUGCAGCCUGGUCGCUCAGCAACCUCGCUCCUAACCAACAAGUCCAUUGAUCAAUGAAUAAUUGAAAAUAUUCCACAUGAUGACAUCUGAAAAUAAGGAGCAGACAUGGAGAAUUGUUCCGUUUCAGAAGUGGUUCACAGUGAGAUACAGUUCUUUUCUCGACUGCAAGUCACUUUAACAUUUCCCAUAUAAUUUGCCAUUUAAUAGAUGUUUUAUAUUCUGAAUAGAUGUUUUAUGUUCUGUUAUUUUUAUUGCACUGCUUGAUUUCUUUAAACUAUGUUUGUACCAAAAAAUAAAAUGAAUAAUAAUAAGUAUUAUUAUUAUUAUUAUUAUUCACAUGGUUCCGAUAUGUAUGAUGAGGGCUGUUUUUGACAUUUCUGUAUUCUAAAGGUGUGGAUACAGGUGGAAAAAUGGUACGCCCUGGUAUCUUACGUCUGUGGCGUGUUAAGAUACAGGCGGACAAACGAGUCAACCCAAAUUCUAUUUGUGUGUGUUCAACUUUCUGUCCGUCAUCUUUGUCGUUUCUAGUUUCUGUUUCUCAACAUGAGUUCAAGUCCCUCACCGAACGACCCGGCCCACAGAUCCGCCCACAGCCCCCUGUCCCCGACGGGCUGGGCGGCACAGGCACAUCGUGACCUGGUUCAGGCCGAGGCAGAGCUACGUCGUCUGCAGGAACGCCAAGCCACCGAGGCGGACUCGGUGCGGCAGGGGCUGGAGCGCGCCAUGCUAGGAGUUCGCCGGGAAGAGCGCCGCUUGCUAGAGCGAGUGGAGCAGGACCAUCGAGACACACAACAGCACCUGGAGCAGGUCCACAAGGAAAAUGUGGCGGCGGCCCGAGUCAGCCAGGCCCUGCUGGACCAAAGGCUUGGGAAUCUGGUCCUACUUCAGCAUAGAAUCCAGGAAGCGGCUAAGCAGACACUGGUGGACCAAAGUUUCUCGAACCAGACUCUGUUGCUCAAGGAGGUUGCAGAGUUCCUCCAACCCUGGGAAGUCUCAGUUUCCCUGAAGAAAGUCACGUUCAAGCCUAGCUCCCAACCCAACGCUGUCACCUUCGGAGACAUCCGAGCACAGGGUCAGAGUUUUUCUCUGCAUACUGGCGGUUGCGGCCCACGCGGGCAGGUGUGUGCUCUCCAUUCUCAGGAAAUUCCAUGUAGAGAAACCAGUCACCAAGUUGCUGAAGAAGACAGAAGCCCACUGGAACAAGGCUGGACCACCACACCAGGCACGGUUGUUGAAAAAAUGAGCCUCUCUUCUUUGCAUGAUCCCGAAUCAAAAGAGGAAUCAAUGACUUCCCUAUCAAAGUCCAAAAAAUCCAGACUGAAGUCUCACCAGGACCAGAAGAUGGAAUCUGUAUCGUGUCUGAAGAAGGUUCCAACGAUCCUCAGCCCUGAUUGCAGAGAAGAUGAAUGGUCAAUGGGCAGCAGGAACCAGAGGAAACCACCCACGGUAUCCUCGUCUUCCUCAUUUGACUGUAGUCGAGAAAUCCAGAGAGGAGCUGCAAGAAAAGGAACUCAAGGUUGUAGUCUUCUGAGGCCUGGAAAAGGAUCACUGUCGUCUCCUGGAAGGAGCCGGAACGAGCUCUCGGCCAGCCACAGCUGCCUGGACCUCACCUCCCUGUCCUCUUCCCGAGGACAUCCUCACUCGAGGCUCAGCCAGUCCUCCGAUGAACACUCUCUCGGGACGGUCUGCGAUUCAGGCCGAGCCACGUCACCAGCGGACAGCCUGGACUCUAGCUACACAUUCGUCUUGAGUCGUUCUCAGGAUUACAGCAUCAACCGAAACUCUUUGAGCAACGACUGCCGCCUGUCCAAAUCUGCGGUGGACUUGCCUUACAUGACACGCCCGCUGAUCGGACCUGGGACCAAAGAAUACAUAGGAGCAUGGUCACAGAAUUGCGAAAACUUUGUGAGACCAGCUUCGCCCCCGCCCAGCAGGGGUCUUGGGGUUUCUGUCAGGAGGCAGCUGGUGUCAUAUCAAGAUCCAAAUCAGCCGGCUCAGCCUCUCAUGGCCAGAUCUGUGUCCAUGUCCAUCUUGGAUGUCUCCUCGCACGAGCCCAAGAGAGGCCGAGGAGGGCGAGGAGGUCCACUGGCCCUGGUGGAGGUUCAAGAGGAAGGAGAGCCAAGAGAGAGUCGUCUGAUCCGGCAGUUCGGGAAGCAGGGCUCGGGUCGGACGGACUUCACCUUGCCAAGUGGUCUACACUGUACGCCACAGGGUCAAGUCUUCAUCGUAGACUGUGGGAACGCUCGUGUUCAGGUCACAGACCCUCAGGGCAACGUUCUCCAGCAGGUCACCUCACCAAAUUCAGACGGUUUUGCCAGGCGAUGUAGGAAUUUCUUCGACAUCGCGGUCAAUACCAAAGGCCUGGUGGCACUUAGUUGCGCGGCAGAGCGCACCCUACUGGUCUUCAACCGACACGGACGACUCCUCCAGACCUUCGGAGGGUCCACUUCAGGGCCGACGAAAGACGAACUGGAGGCUCCCAGGGGCGUGACAGUGACACGACUGGACGAGUUCUUGGUGGCAGAUAUCCGCAUGGGUACCCUCGUUGCCCUGAAACUGGAUCAUAAGACCGGGUCCCGCUUGGAGCGUACUGUGGUGACCGGAUUCCACCGCCCUUACUUGGUGGCGGCUUGCGUGAGCUCGGGAAUGGUCGCCGUAUCAGAGCGAGGGACAGAAACCGGUCGGGUGCCCUGCAUCAAAGUCUUGGAGCCCGGCUGGAACACAGUACGGGUUCUGGGGGUGUGCUCAGCCAUGGGACCCAUCCUGGUCUGCCCGUGGGGCCUCUGUAUCGAUGCCGAGGGCGACGUGCUGGUGGCCGACUGGGGGGACGCCCACAGGAUCCUGAUGUUCCCAUCGCAAGGAGCUGGCCGGUCCUUGGUGAGUCGAGGUUUAAGGAGUCCGCGUGGGAUCGGCCUAUUGCCAAGGGGCCACCUGGUGGUGUCUGAUAGUAUGAACCACUGCGUUAAGAUCUACCAGUACAAGUCAGAACACGUUUAACUGUGCAGCCGUUUACUCAAGACUAUGAUUCAACAGGGGUGGAGAAUUUACAGUAAAUUUCCCUGCAAACCUAAGAUGGGGAUUUUGGGGAAAUAAAUAUAGAUAUUUUAUUUAUAUUUAUAAACAUUUCAUAAUUCCAAUUGAAAGUUAGCAAUUUGGAAUACAGUAUAUCAAAAAUACCCCAUGCAUGGACAUUUACUGGAAGCAUUCCAGAAAUUGACUGGAAAUUUUCCACCCCUGUUCAAUCCCAGUCUUGACGAAAUACUUGUUACACUUGUGCUUGAAUAUGAUUGCUUUCCAUGAACUCCCCCUCAAUUCCCAGUUUUUUCCCCUGGGAAGUUUCCAAUUUGGAACAGCUCUCAAAUUUACUUUCACAUGGGGCGGCACGGUGCGCGACUGGUUAGCACAUCUGCCUCAAAGUUCUGAGGAUCGGGGUUCAAAUCCCGGUCCCGCCUGUGUGGCGUUUGCAUGUUCUCCCCGUGCCUGCGUGGGUUUUCUCCGGGCAUUCCGGUUUCCACCCUCAUCCCAAAAACAUGCAUGGUAGGUUUAUUGAAGAUUCUAAAUUGCCCGUAGGUGUGAAUGGGUGUUUGUUUCUAUGUGCCCUGCGAUUGGCUGGCGUCCAGUUCAGGGUGUGCACCGCCUCUCGCCCGAAGAUUGCUGGGAUAGCCUCCAGCGCGCCCGCGACUCUAGUGAGGAGAAGCGGGAUAGAAAGUGGAUGGAUGGACUUUCACAUGGAAAUUUCCCCAGGAACUUUCUGAAAAAUCUCCCACCCGUUUGCAGCCUAAAUCAGACCACCAAAGACCAUCUUGAAGCCAAAGUCUGGUAUUCUGCUACUUGUGUGUUUGUGCGCUAUCAAGAAUAGUGUCAACUGAAUUUGCCUCGUGGGACCAUUUACUGUAUGUUUAAUUGAAUUAUUAAUAUCAAUUAGAAUUUAAAUGAUUACAUGAAAUUUGAGUGAUUUGCAUUUAAACGGAAUAAAAACCAAACAUGUUUGUCAUGUUUUCUUCAAGUUCGCGUGGUUUACUUUUGAAUUUGGUUCAUUUUCACAAAAGGUUCAAGUGUGGUCCACGUUCUCGUAUUGUCCUAGUUCAGAUGUACUUUGGUUUCAGAAUAGGUUCAAGUUCAGAUUUUGUCCACGCAGUUGAUAUUCACAUGCAGUUUCAAUUCAUUCAUAGCUGUAGUUUAGAUGUGGUUUCGAUUUUUUGUUUGGGAGCUGCAACUGAUUGAUUUUCUUUCACAAACUAGUUGAACUUCAUGAGCGUUCCCCAUCGUCGUGUUUGGUUUCUAUGUGAGCAGACCAUGGGUUGAAUCCUACUUCCUGUUUCCUGUUUCCUGUGUAUGGCGUGCAAGCGUCAACAUUUCUUCUUGCUUGUUGUCCGGCACUGUUCAGGAUUCAUCUUCAUCACAAGUUUCCUCUGCAGAUGUUUCCUUUCUUCUUUUCAUUCACCAGCUCACUGUGGUUAGAGAUUUUUUUCCCCCUUUUUACAUUCAAUAGCCUUCACCAUCUUAUGUCCAUCUUUAGUUUGUACAAUAUACUAUUCAUCAUCCUCUUCUUUUUUUUUUGUACUCGUCUGACUUUCAGCUCUCUUUUCACUUACUGCAUAUGUAAAAUAGUUUAUUUUCCUAAUAUUUUUUAUUUGCAGUAAAGAAAUUGUAUUUACCAUAUUUAAAUAUUUCAUUCUCAUUUGUA